ACCUUCCAUAGCUAUUAUUGAGCGCCCACCCUCACGCCCACCACCGCACUCCAAUCGCAAUGGCAGAACCCCAACCCUCCACCAUCCACGAAGGCGCCUCUACCCCCGCCCUCGACGACACGUCCUCGACACCUUCCAAUGGCACGAAAAAAGAAGUCGAUGGCAAAGCCCUCGAUAAAGCGAUGAAAGGGCUUAGUGUAAAGGAUAAAGCCGAGGAGGAAAAGAAGAAAAAUGUCAAGAUCGAGGCGGGGGAUGUUGCGGUUUUGGUAUCCGAGUUGGAGAUUACAAAAGCGAAAGCGACCGAGUUGCUGCGGGCGAAUGAGGGGGAUGCGGUCAAGGCUUUAGUUGCUUUUGUUACUGCAGCGCCUUGA